AUGCAUUUCCUCCAGAACGCCGUUGUGGCCGCCACUAUGGGCGCUGCGCUGGCCGCCGCUGCUCCUCUCGAGAAGCGCUCCUGCACUUUCACCUCCGCCUCUGCUGCCAAGUCCGGCAAGUCCUCUUGCUCCACCAUCACCCUCGACAACAUCGCGGUCCCCGCUGGUGAGACUCUUGACUUGACUGGCCUCAAGAAGGGUACCACCGUCAUCUUCGAGGGUGAGACCACCUUCGGCUACAAGGAAUGGAAGGGUCCCCUGAUCUCCAUGUCCGGUACCGACAUCACCGUCAAGCAGGCCUCCGGUGCCAAGAUCAACUGCGACGGUGCUCGCUGGUGGGACGGCAAGGGUAGCAACGGUGGCAAGACCAAGCCCAAGUUCUUCCAGGCCCACAAGCUCGACCAGUCCAGCAUCACCGGCCUGAAGGUCUACAACACCCCUGUCCAGGGUUUCAGCAUUCUGGCCGACCACCUGACCAUCACCGAUGUGACCAUCGACAACUCCGCCGGUACCAGCAAGGGUCACAACACCGAUGCCUUUGACAUUGGCCAGAGUACCUACAUCACCAUUGACGGUGCCACCGUCUACAACCAGGAUGACUGCCUGGCCAUCAACUCGGGUGAGCACAUCACCUUCACCAACGGCUACUGUGAUGGUGGCCACGGUCUCUCCAUCGGUUCCAUCGGUGGCCGCAGUGACAACACCGUCAACGACGUGACCAUCUCCAACUCCAAGGUGCUCAACUCCCAGAACGGUGUCCGCAUCAAGACCAUCUACGGCAAGACUGGCACUGUCGAGAACGUCAAGUUUGAGGACAUCACCCUGUCCGACAUCAGCAAGUACGGUAUUGUCGUUGAGCAGGACUACGAGAACGGCAGCCCCACCGGCACGCCCACCAACGGUGUCAAGGUUGAGGACAUCACUUUCAAGAAGGUCACCGGCAGCGUCAAGAGCUCUGGUACUGACAUCUACAUCCUGUGCGGUUCCGGCAGCUGCUCGAACUGGACCUGGAGCGGUGUUGAUGUGACUGGCGGCAAGAAGAGCAGCAAGUGCAAGAACGUCCCCUCGGGCGCUUCCUGCAGCGAUUAA